AUGGAAACUCAGGCUUCCAUCAUGUUGGGUCGACCUGCCGGCAUACCGGCUGACGACGUCGAUACUGAGUUUCCAAGUGAUGGAGGUGAGACGCAAGAUUCGAGUUCCGGUAUUGAGCACUUGUCAACAGGCUCACCAGAGAGCUCCACUACGAAUCUGAAGAGGGCGAUCCACACUUUCCGUGUUCGGCAUCUCUUGAGCCAGAUACAUAGCUUCGUGUACUCGAAGUCCCCAGCUUGUUGUUUUUCGAAGGAAAGACACGACCGACAUAUACAGCAUCUUCGCAACAAGCUUGAGGCGUGGAAGAGUUCAAUUCCAGCGAUAACGUGCACUACCGACCCACCAAUGUCAUUAUUUGGUACCUCGGACUGGUUCGCGCUGGAAUACGACUAUGCUAUCCUUCAGCUCUACAGAGUAAAGAUGGUUGAUCCACAAGCAGAUCCGGGGGAUCCUGUCUUCCUUGAAUGCAUGGGAGCAGCUGAGAGAAUUUGUCAUCACUACCGCCGCCAAUUUCCUGGAGGACCGGCCAGCUUCACGUGGGUCGCACUGCACGAGCUAUUUCUAGCUGGCUUAACCUACGUUCACUGCCUAUGGGCAUCACCUGCCGUACGGAACGCACAGCGCCACGGCCAGGUCAGAGACACUUGCACUAACUGCACGAUUGUUCUCGUUGUUAUGGCCGAGCGGUGGAGCGCCGUUGCUCCAUACCGUGAUCUAUUCGAAAUUCUUGCGAAUCGAACCAUCAGGUUAAUUGAGACUGACGAGCAUGAUCAGAUGGACCCAAUAGAUAUUCCCACCAUCACAGGAGGCCAAGAAAAUGAAGAGGCAGAGAACUGGGCACAUUGCAUGUUACCAGUUUUUGAAGCCGGCAUGUCUAAUGGGUACAACGAUUUGCUGUCGAGGUGGACAGUUGAUUUUGCACUAUCAAAUUAA